UGAGAAGAUAGACAGGUCCUGCAUUGACUCAUUGCAAAGGCUCCAAAGCUGUGAUGCAUCACAGACCGAAUUGGUCAGGGCCAUCCUACUCUAUGCGCAUUUAAAUCUUAACAUCACUAUUUAUUCAUCUGCUCUUCUUUGGACAUUUGAGAGGCAUCCUUCAUCUGGUGCUUCAUCAAGAACUGCAGCCGGAAGAUUAAUAGGCUCCUGUUGAUCCAGUUGGUGCAGCUAUGAAGCUCUUGGUCUUUGGAUUGCUUGUGAUGGCCUCUGCAGCCUUUGCACAGGAUGGGACUGGAGAACGGAUCAUUGGAGGAUAUAACUGCCCAGAGCGCUCCAGGGCCUUCCAGGCUGCCCUUGUUACAGGGCGCAGAGGCAACUGGAACAUUUAUUGUGGCGGGAGCUUAGUACAUCCGUGUUGGGUGCUCUCUGCAGCCCACUGCAAACCUAGGGAAGGCAUGAAGGUAUGCCUAGGAAAGAGCAACUUGAAGAGGACUGAAAGGUCAGGACAGUGCUUGAAUAUUGCAGAAGUCAGAGUCCACCCAGAGUAUGACCGGAGGAAAAACAACAAGGAUUACAUGCUGCUCCGUCUUCAACCUUGUGCCAGAUUGAAUGAUGCUGUGAAGACCAUUCAGCUGCCAUCCGGCUGCCCCAGUGAUGGGAGGCCAUGUACUGUCUCUGGCUGGGGCACCACUAGAUCUCCUCAAGCAAAGCUUCCAGCACAGCUGCAGUGUGCAAAUGUCAGUAUUGUCCCUCAACAGAAAUGCAAUAGAGCAUAUCAAGGGGCCGUUACGCCAUACAUGGUGUGUGCUGGAGUACCACAAGGAGGCACCGACUCUUGCCAGGGAGACUCUGGGGGUCCACUUGUCUGCAACGGAGAGCUUGAAGGUGUGGUUUCUUGGGGCACAUACGUGUGUGCGCAGAAAGGGAAUCCAGGUGUAUAUGCCAAAGUCUGCUGUGUUGUGCCCUGGAUCCAGAAAACUAUCAAUGGGACAUGGUGACUCUUACCAAACUCUGCACAGAAAGAGGAAUCACCUCAAAGGCUCCGACAACUAAUUGUCCUCCUCGUGUUUCUAUUUCUCUUCCAACAUUUUCCAGGGUUCCUGUAAUUGCAAAGAGCACCCCACAUUUGUUAAGGUCAUGCCAGUCUCUCUAUCAGGGUGACUUGCGCUACUCUACUCUUUUAAUUGAAAAUUAAUGGUUGUAUUCUCUCUCCUUAUAUUAGGGAGAGAGGUGUGAUUGUGGGGAUAAUACAGCUGUUGGCCAUGGGGAUAGAGGGAGAAGCUGGAGGGACAGUAAACAUCUGCUUUGCUGGGGUGGAAAGUGAGGGUAAACACCGUCUUGUUCUACCAAAACAACAUUGUGGAGGAUGCUUCAGACAGUUUCCAGUAUUAUUUCAAAUUACCACAUAGUCAUGUAUCCAUCAAGGGCCAAAAUUAUGGAUUUUUAUAUGACCCAUGGAUAAGUCAAGGGGAAAACAACAGAGCUCCCUCAGGAGGGCAGCCAUUUAUCUGCCUAGGAAUUCAAAAAAGCCAGAAGCUGCCUAUAAAGAAAUUAGCAUUUAUUUGAUAAAUAAAAUCCCAAUGCUGUUCCACCAAUUAUAAAGAGAUCAUUAUUUAAUUAGUUAAAUA